AUGCUGGGAGCAAAGCAUAGCUGGCCACCAGGUUCCCCACAAAGCCCCAAGCUGCCCUUGGCCCUGAUACUUCUGGCCCUGGGGGGCGGGUGGGCCCAUGAGGUGGCGGAGACGGUGCUGCUGGAAGGCGAGUGCCUGGUGGUCUGUGACCCCGGCCAAGCCGCUGCAGGGGGGUCUGGGGGAGCCGCCCUUGGAGAGGCACCCCCGGGACGAGUGGCAUUUGCUGCAGUCCGAAGCCACCACCACGAGCCAUCAGGAGAGAUGGUCAACGGCACCAGUGGAGCCAUCUACUUUGACCAGGUCCUGGUGAAUGAGGGCAGUGGCUUUGACCGGGCCUCAGGCUCCUUCGUGGCCCCAGUCCGGGGCGUCUACAGCUUCCGCUUCCAUGUGGUAAAGGUGUACAACCGCCAGACUGUCCAGGUGAGCCUAGUGCUGAACACAUGGCCUGUCAUCUCAGCCUUCGCCAACGACCCUGACGUGACCCGGGAGGCAGCCACCAGCUCUGUGCUGCUGCCCCUAGACCCUGGGGACCGAGUGUCCCUACGCCUGCGUCGGGGGAACCUGCUGGGGGGCUGGAAGUACUCAAGCUUCUCUGGCUUCCUCAUCUUCCCACUCUGA